CCUCGAGAUCUUCAAAUACAAUGAACACGUGACUAUUGACUCGACUGCACGACUUCUACUACUAUUAGAAACAAAUAUUGUAUUUGUGCUGUGACGUUCUACAUCCUUGGCUUGGGCCUAAAAAGGUUCUGCGGAAUGUUUAUAAAUAUUUUUUUUAUUAUUCAGAACUGAAACCUGCAAAUAAGUUUGGCAAGGCGUGGCAAAGACUUUCUACACCGUAGGACCCGCCCACAACGGUUAUACAAUGGUAAUACCAAUGUAUCUGCCGACUGUGUUUUAUAAUUACCGUGUUUUUGAAAUCACGGAUAGUGAGACUUCAGUUAUGUAUUUGAUGUUGUGUGUGAAGAUAAGGACGACUUAUAAGCCAAGGGGCACAUCAAAUAGAAGUCACAGCGUGAACGAGAUAAGAUCGAAGCGUCUGUAUAAUUUCAGCUCUGCUCUCUAGAUUUCACUUCUUGUUAACACGCAAAAUGGGUUCAAGGAGGCCGGAAAAUCCAGACAUCAGUAAAGAAAGAAAGACAUGUACAUUUAAUCCUUUGGAACUGACUUUUCUUCUAGAUGGCGGCCGCAGAAGAACGAAGGAAAGGAGACACAUGGAAAACUAUUUCCUUUUGGAUCCAGAGCUUAAAGAUGAUGUUCCCAUUGACUACUUGAGUCACAAGGAGAAAUAUGAAGAGGCUGUGCGUAAAGCAUGUAUUUUGCAUAAGAAAUAUAAAGAAUUUCAAAAGGUUACAGGACAAAUAGAUAUAAGCAGGAAUGGAGUCAUGACCCACGUAACUAAUUCUAUCUUCAAGGAUGGUUAUCCAUUUUAUUUAAAUACAAUUAUGUUUGCACCUGCUGUUAUUGGUCAGGGAACACCUGAACAGCAAGCCAUAUGGUUGAAGAAAGCUCUUAACUAUGAGAUAAUAGGAACAUUUGCUCAGACUGAACUUGGACAUGGGACUUUCAUCAGAGGCUUGGAAACUACAGCCCAUUAUGAUCCUAGAACACAAGAGUUCAUUCUCAACAGCCCAACUUUAACAUCCUACAAGUGGUGGCCUGGGUCAUUGGGACAUACAGCAAAUUAUGCUAUUGUGGUGGCACAACUGCAUACACAAGGAGUCUGCCAUGGAAUUCAUCUCUUCAUUGUUCAGAUCAGAGAUGAGGAGACACAUGAACCAUUGCCAGGUAUUAAAAUUGGUGAAAUUGGUACAAAAUUGGGUAUGCAUACUAUAAAUAAUGGCUUCCUUGGAUUUGAAAAUGUUCGCAUUCCUCGUGAGCACAUGCUGAUGAAGUAUUCCAAGGUGCUGGAGGAUGGAUCCUAUGUCAGAUCUCCAAGCAAUAGGCUGACAUAUGGAACUAUGAUAUUUGUACGAGUGGUAAUGCUACAGCAUUCAGCUUUCUAUUUGGCAAAAGCAUCCACCAUAGCAAUACGAUACAGUGCUGUACGGAGACAGUGUACUAUCAAACCAGGGGAGUUAGAAGUACAGAUCCUUGACUACAGGACACAACAGUACAAGCUGUUUCCCUACUUGGCUGCCUCAUUUGCUAUAAGGUUUACAGCGAUCUGCUCAUGGAACAUGUACAGUGAAGUUAUUGCAGAACUUGAGGGAGAUUUGGAGAGACUGCCAGAGCUCCAUGAAUUGCUGUGCUGCCUAAAGGCUAUCUGCACUACUAUAGCUGCUCAUGGUGUGGAGACAUGUCGUCUUUCUUGUGGUGGACAUGGUUACAUGACCUGCAGUAACCUUCCAUCACUGUAUGGUUUUGCUGCAGGAGCUUGCACCUAUGAGGGAGAGAAUACAGUGAUGUUGCUUCAGACUGCUAGAUACCUCAUGAAGGCAUGGCAACAGGCUGUGGGCGGCAUGGCCAUGACCCCCACUGUGGCAUACCUCAAGCAAGCAAUCUCUGGAAAUAAUGGUCUACAGUACUGGGACAACUCUACAGCGUGCAUUGUCAGAGGUUUCCAGGAGGUAGCAGCAGGAAAAAUAAAGCAGUGUGCUGAGAAUAUGAGUAAGAGGAUCCAGGAGGGGUUUUCUCCUCAAGAUGCAUGGAAUAUGACAUCUAUUGAGCUGGUACAGUGUGCAGAGGCUCAUGCCCAUGCCUUCAUUGUGGAGAAGUUUGUUACCAGUGUGGCAGAGUUUAAUGCUUCUGUUUCUUUGAAGACAGUACUGACCCAACUAAGUGACCUGUAUAUCCUCUUCAGCCUGCUUCACAACUCAGGAGACUUCCUUAUGUACACAAACAUGAAGCCAGUGGAUGUCUCCAAUCUCCAGAACCAGAUGGAGAUAAUAUUAUCCCAGCUGAGACCCAAUGCUGUUGGAAUUGUGGAUGGUUUUGAUUUCCAUGAUGAAACCCUGAGAUCCGCUCUUGGUGCUUGGGAUGGGCAGGUGUAUGAGAGAAUGUUUGAAGCUGCUUCCAAGAGUCCAUUGAACAAGGAUCCAUUAAAUGAAUCAUUUCAGAAGUAUUUGAAACCCUUGCUAAAAUCCAAUAUGUGAUGUGAUACUGUGUUUCUCUUGAGGAAGAAUUCUAAAUUUUUUACAUUUUAUUUUUGGAUUUUCAAAAUUACAAUCAGAAGAUAAUUUGUAAUAUUUUAAUUAAAUUAACUAAAUGUAUAGAGCACGGUCCUUCUUGAGAAGCAAAUUGUCACACAGUUAAAGAAAUUUUUACUGAAUGUCGGGGUUGGGUGGUUUAGUGCUACUGUUUUCUAUUUGGUGGUCCCAAUUUCAAAAUAAAAUAUCAGAGAGAAGCUGUA